UUCUGCCUUUGCAACGUUUUGGGGUUCUUCAAACCCAACUUCCACUUCUUCUGGUUUUAAGGUUUCAACUUCCACUCCUUUAGGUAUCAAGAGUUCUUCAAACACAACCUCACUCCUUUAG